AAAUUCACUUUUGCACGAAUACGAAUUAGCUUCAAGCUUUCUGAGCCAAAGAAUUUAAUCUUACCAUAUUUGUGUAAUAGUUUAAUCAAAAUAUUGUUCAACUAAUAAAAAGUUUUUCAUAAUUUAUGGAUUCGGAAAUGUCAAAUGUACUUCUGUAUAACUACUUUCGCAGCUCUUGUUCGUGGCGUAUUCGUGCUUUUCUCGCCUUCAAGGGAAUAAAAUACGAGUACAAAGCAGUCAAUCUUCUCAAAAUGGAACAUAAGCAAGAAGAGUUUUUGAAAAUAAACCCUAACGGUCAAGUUCCAGCUUUAGUUUACGACGGACAUGUGAUGUCCGAAUCAAGUACUAUUCUGGAGUUCCUGGAAGAUAUGUACCCAAAAAAGAACCCAUCCUUGCCCUCAGAUCUUUUUCAACGACAAAUUGUUCGACAAAUGUGCUAUCUAAUUGGAGGUUUCAUUCAGCCAAUUCAGAAUCCGUUUUUGGCGGGGAAAAUAGCGAGAAAAUUUGUUCCUGACGACGCUGAAAAACAGGACGUGACCAAGAAGGAAUGGUCCCAUGAUGCUAUAAAAGUAGGGUUCAUGGCUUUUGAGAAGUUGCUGCAGCAGUAUUCAGGGAAGUGUAGUUUCGGAGAUGAAAUAACUAUGGCGGACUUUUUCUUGGUCCCACAAGUGGCCAAUGCUAUGCGAUUCGAUGUGGAUCUGACUGAGUUCCCGCUCAUCAAACGAAUCAACGAAACAUUACUAGAUGAAGAGUGUUUCAAAUUGUCCCAUCCAGACAUUCAGCCGGACAACCCCAACACCAAAUAGAGCAAGAAUAAUCUUCAAAAUCAUUAAAACUAUUAAAAACCAAAUUCUUACUAUAUUUUAUCUAUCAAAGUACCCAGGUUUUUUUAAAUAAUACUAGCCUAAUAGAUGAUUUAAUUCAAGCUUUAUCAGGAAA